CGGGCUCACAAACUAAGCCAAUAAGCAUUAGCGGCAAAGCAGGGCGGGAGCCAAUCGCGCCGGGUUUUGUUGGGACGCGCAGGCCAGACUCCAGUUAAUCUGCUCCUCGGAGGAGUGGGGCUGUUGGUGCGGCCUCCAUUGUUCGGGAUUUAAGUCGCCAUGAGGGGUGACAGAGGCCGUGGUCGUGGUGGGCGCUUUGGUUCCAGAGGAGGCCCAGGAGGAGGGUUCAGGCCCUUUGUACCACAUAUCCCAUUUGAUUUCUAUUUGUGUGAAAUGGCUUUCCCCCGGGUGAAGCCAGCACCUGAUGAAACUUCCUUCAGUGAGGCCUUGCUGAAAAGGAAUCAGGACCUUGCUCCCAAUUCUGCUGAACAGGCCUCUAUUCUUUCUCUGGUUACAAAAAUAAACAAUGUGAUUGACAAUUUGAUUGUGGCUCCAGGAACAUUUGAAGUGCAAAUUGAAGAAGUACGACAGGUAGGAUCAUAUAAAAAGGGAACAAUGACAACAGGACACAAUGUGGCUGACCUGGUAGUAAUACUAAAGAUUCUGCCAACAUUGGAAGCUGUUGCCGCCCUGGGGAACAAGGUCGUGGAAAGCCUAAGAGCACAGGAUCCUUCUGAAGUUUUGACCAUGCUGACCAAUGAAACUGGCUUUGAAAUCAGUUCUUCUGAUGCUACGGUGAAGAUUCUCAUUACAACAGUGCCACCCAAUCUCCGAAAACUGGACCCAGAACUUCAUUUGGAUAUAAAGGUGUUACAGAGUGCCUUAGCAGCCAUCCGACAUGCCCGCUGGUUUGAGGAAAAUGCUUCUCAGUCCACAGUUAAAGUUCUUAUCCGACUGCUGAAGGACUUGAGGAUUCGUUUUCCUGGCUUUGAGCCCCUCACACCCUGGAUCCUUGACCUGCUGGGUCACUACGCUGUGAUGAACAACCCCACUAGACAGCCCUUGGCCCUAAAUGUGGCAUACAGGCGUUGCUUACAGAUUCUAGCUGCAGGACUGUUCCUGCCAGGUUCCGUGGGUAUCACUGACCCCUGUGAGAGUGGCAACUUCAGAGUACACACAGUCAUGACCCUGGAACAGCAGGACAUGGUGUGCUACACAGCUCAGACUCUGGUCCGAAUCCUCUCACAUGGUGGCUUUAGGAAGAUUCUUGGCCAGGAGGGUGAUGCCAGCUAUUUGGCUUCUGAAAUAUCUACUUGGGAUGGAGUGAUUGUGACACCCUCAGAAAAGGCUUAUGAGAAGCCACCAGAGAAGAAGGAAGGAGAGGAAGAGGAGGAGAAUACAGAAGAACCCCCUCAAGGAGAAGAGGAGGAAAGCAUGGAAACCCAGGAGUGACCUCCACUCCCUUUCCUACACCAGGGGAAGACUGGAGCCUAAGCUAGCUGCUACCGGGCUUUAUAUGGUGGCAUUUCUGUGGAUAGGGAAGACCACAGAAGGAAAAUUAGGAGUUUCAUGCCAUUGAUAUUGGCUUAAUAGCCGUUAAGUCUCACAUUUAUGGCCCCUGUCAUCCAUUAUAAUGAAGCAGGAUACCACCAUUUUUUUUUGAGUCCCCAACUCCUGAAAAACCUCAGCCAUUAAUUUUUUUGAAGUGUUGUAAACUGUUACUGUCCAGAAAUUUUUUUUCUAAGAAAAACAAAGUACUUCCUAGUGAGGCUCUUGGUCUUGUUUCUCCUUAGCAUGUGGCACCUUUUGCUUUGUAUACUGUUCAAUAAAAGUGAUAAUUGAGUCUUUUAACUAUA